AUGCCAUCUCCAAUGCCUGUAUCCACCGAGUUUUAUCUUUCAGAAACACCCACCGAACGAGACCGUCGUAUACGCGAUCUGUUUGAUACUCUCGAUCGGAACAAAAGCGGGCAUCUGGAUGCUGAAGCUAUUCGCAAAGGAUUCACUCAAAUGACACAUCUGCCAGCACGCAACAAAUAUGUUAACGAGCUAUUGGAUCGCUGCGACACCAAACAUGAUGGAUACGUUGAUUUUCAUGAAUUCAAAGCCUACGUAUGCGAUAAGGAGCGCGAGCUAUGGCAGCUGUUUCAGACUAUCGACAGAAGCGGUGAUGGUAGACUGAGACCAAGCGAUCUCGAAACAGCAUUACGAAUCAAGGGCAUCGAGGUAUCACGCGAAGAGUUUAUGGAUUUCAUGCAGCUUAUGGACUUGGAUGGCAAUGGUGUGAUUGAUUUUCACGAGUUCAAGAACUUCCUUUUGUUAUUGCCACAAGCCAACAUGAGUGAAGUUUAUCGCUACUAUCAGGCGUCAACAAGGUUAUCACCCGAUGCUGAAGUCACCAUUCCACCAACCGAUGAGACAUCAAGUCAUGCAUUGGGAUAUCUUCUUGCCGGUGGUUUUGCAGGCGCUUGCUCGAGAACAUGCACCGCUCCUUUUGAUCGUCUCAAAGUUUAUCUCAUCACCAACCAAAACAGCUCGGUCAGCUUACGACAAGCGAUCACUCGCAUUUAUCAACAGGGUGGUUGGCGUGGCUUCUUUGUUGGCAAUGGAUUAAACGUCAUGAAGAUCGUACCCGAGUCAGCUAUCAAGUUUUAUUCCUAUGAGACAUGCAAACGACUGAUUGCAACCACUUUUGGCUAUGAUGAUAAGGAUUCGAUUCCGACGACAGCACGUUUCAUGGCUGGUGGUACUGCUGGCAUGUGUGCACAGUUUUCCAUUUACCCCGUCGAGACAUUGAAAACGCGCGUCAUGUCACUGCAACGUGAAGGCAAGGUUACCAGCUCUCGGCAACACUCAAUCAUCUUGGACACUAUAAAGAGCAUGUAUACAAAAGGCGGCAUUCGUGCUUUUUGGCCAGGUUUGACACUUGGCUUGAUUGGCGUCUUUCCAUACCAAGCUUUGGAUUUAGGCAUAUACGAGACCCUGAAAUUGACAUACUUGACAUACAUGGAAGAAAAGACCGGUGGCACAAACCGACAACCCAGCGUGCUUGUAUUGUGGGCCUGUGGCAUGAUUAGUGGAUCCAUUGGAGCCACUAGUGUCUAUCCGUUGAACGUGAUUCGAACUAGGCUACAAGCUCAAGGAACACCAGCUCAUCCAGUGUAUUAUAAUUCACCAUGGCAUGCUGUUCAAAUGACCUACAAAGUUGGCGGCAUUCGAGAGUUCUAUCGAGGUCUGGGACCUACGCUUCUAAAGGUUGUGCCUGCAAUCAGUAUAAGCUAUGUAACAUAUGAGUGGAGUAAACGGCAGCUCGAUAUCUCGUAG